CUGGCAUUCUUCGCUUCAGUACAAAAAUGUUGAAGUUGCAUUUAUUUAAUCAUGUAAAAGUGAUUCUAUAGUGUAUUAUACAUCUUAAAUAUUGAUUAGAUAAUGGAUAAAGCUUUACCUACAUAUAAUCUAAACUCCAGAUAACGUUAGUUAAGUGACGGCUAUUUUUAUAACCUAAAUUAGUCAUCAAUCAUUGGGUGGAGGAAAAUCUAUUCGCUUAUCGGCUUUUGGCUGCAGCGAUUAGUUUCCAUUCAAUUUCUUAUUAGCAAAUUAUUUCUGGAUGUUUUCUGCAAAGGAUCGGGAUUAACACACAGAUUCGUGACACAGAGAACUGAGAGUUACCAAAGAUGGAGAGCAUCUCGAGCUGGUACCGGGACCUCCUGGACAACAGGAGCGACCCUCGCGUGAAGGACUGGGCGAUGAUGCAGUCCCCGCUGCCGACCAUCGGCGCGUGUCUCUGCUACGCGCUCGCGGCGAAGGUGAUCGGCCCGCGGCUCAUGGCCAACAGGAAGCCCUUCGACCUGCGCCAGGUGCUCGUCGUCUACAACCUGGCACAGACUGUCUUCAGCGCCUGGAUAUUCUAUGAGUACCUGAUGAGCGGAUGGUGGGGCCACUACGACUUCAGAUGCCAACUCGUAGACUAUUCUAGAAGCCCGAUGGCUAUGCGAAUGGCCAACACAUGCUGGUGGUACUACUUCAGCAAGUUCACGGAAUUCUUCGACACUCUGUUCUUCGUGCUCCGCAAGAAGAACGAGCAGGUGUCCACGCUGCACGUCAUCCACCACGGGAUCAUGCCCUUCUCCGUGUGGAUGGGACUCAAGUUCGCACCAGGCGGUCACUCGACGUUCUUUGCUCUUCUGAACACGUUUGUGCACAUCGUCAUGUACUUCUACUACAUGGUGGCGGCCAUGGGGCCCAAGUACCAGAAGUACAUCUGGUGGAAGAAGUACCUCACCGCCUUCCAGAUGGUCCAGUUCGUGCUGAUCUUCAGCCACCAGCUGCAGGUGCUGUUCCGGCCGUCGUGCCAGUACCCGCACGUGUUCGUGUACUGGAUCGCGAUGCACGGCUUCCUCUUCUUGUUCCUCUUCAGUGACUUCUACAAGGCGCGCUACACCAAGCCUGGCCAGCGCAUCGCUAAGAACGGACUUUGCAUGGCUGUGAUGGACGACUCUGCGAGCCCUCUGAACGGCAAACACUACAAGCAGGCGGAGGGCUCGGAGGUGCCCAACUCGUACGCAUCCUCAUCAGCAGAUGCCUUCGUGCGGCGGCGGCCCGUCUCCUAGCCGCUGACACACACUUCCAAGUGAACUGCGAAGCUUUAAGCCCAAGGAUGUUUCCUCCGGGGACACGACACGAGUGCCCAAGGACUUUGCUAUACCAAAUAUUUCGUAGUCGUGAUUCUGAAUUUCCACCUUAGUCCUCCAAUAAGUUUAGGAACCCCCCUGUCACCGUGUUGUUUGUAGGAAUAAUUUGGUCCCGAAGGUGUGAGAGAAUUGGAAUGGUUACUUUGUUUUUCUGUCGAUCCGAAACUGUAAGGUGUAUACUGAAUAACAUUUUAUAUGUAUGUAUAUCUCUUUGAGAACAAACUAGGUGUAAAACUUUAACAAAUCACGUUACAGACUGAAGUUCUUUAUAUGCACAAACAUUUACUGAAGUUCAUGAAAUGCCUUAAGUAUAUAUUUUUCUUAAGUACAAAACGUGUAUUCAGUGUAUUUUAUCGAAUGUUGUUGUCUUAAUAUAAAUAUUAAAAAAUAUAUCGCGUUUUGGCGAUGCGUUGUCUUCAAAUUUUUAGAAAUCUGGAAUAUUAUAUCUGUUUAGUUAUGAUUAUGAUUUAAUCAUAAAUGCUACUUAAAUAAUUUUGUUUUUACGCAAUGUUAUUCUAAAUACAGCCAUAUUUCUCAUGGCACUGAGGGAAAGCAAGUCCCUUAUAAAGUACAUUGUACCCUGUGUAUCAUUAGUUACCUUCGUCUCAAUGCAUACUAUAUUACGGUGGGUAAAAUGUUAUUCGGGCAUUUUGUAAAUAUAUUUUAGUAUGAACAGUAUUUAGCUUUUAAAAAUGCGCAGUACCUAUAAGUUUGUUGAGAUUUAUGAAACUAUAAACCUGUAACAGUUGUCAUUUGAUCAACUAUCUGCUUUAGCAAAUUUUAUAAUCUUGUCAACGAACUUAUAUCCUGCAAUUUCAAAUUAGUUUAAUUGAUUAUGAAUGCUUAAAGUUAGUGGAUAUUUUUGUAAAUAUAUUUUAUACUUUAUUUUUAGAAGUUAACAGUGCAAAGUUUGAGUUGUAUCAUCAGAUUUUGAGGCAAUCCAGUGUCAUUCGCGAGCUGCAUUUGUUUUUAUCGAUUUGUCGCCCUUAGCUCAAACAGUUUUGAACUUUUGAUACAGUAUUUCUACGGUACGUUUACCUCACAACAAUUUUGAUGUUAAUAUUAUUGAUUGCAAAGCGGCUGAGCUUUUCAGCACGAUGUGUUUGUCUUCACAAUAUUGGAUAAAAUUGUAGGUGUAGAUGGGGCCCUGUUUAAUAUACCUUGUCUAGUAUGGUGGCCUCGGACCGUGAGGUGGCUGCUUGGAGCCUGCAGGGGCCUCGGCGUGAGGCCCGCUAUUCCACAUCUGUGCUCAACUAUUUGCCGCGUAUUCACUCUUUUGCAGAACUAUUUAUUAAUUUAAUAAAGGAUUUUACAAAAUG